AUGGCAGACGAAGGCAUCGACCGCAAGGCCGAGGAGAAGAUGGAGUUCUCCACGUCCCAGGAAGUGAGCGUGGCGCCCACCUUCGAGGCCAUGCACCUGAAGGAGAACCUGCUGCGAGGCAUCUACGCAUAUGGCUACGAAUCGCCCUCGGCCGUGCAGUCGCGUGCCAUCGUCCAGAUCUGCAAGGGAAGAGACACCAUCGCCCAGGCGCAGUCCGGAACGGGAAAGACGGCGACCUUCAGCAUUAGUAUCCUGCAGGUCAUCGACACGGCUGUGCGCGAGACUCAAGCCCUCGUCUUGUCGCCCACCCGCGAACUCGCUACCCAGAUCCAGUCCGUUCUGCUGGCGCUCGGCGACUACAUGAACGUGCAGUGCCAUGCCUGCAUUGGAGGAACCAACGUCGGCGAGGACAUUCGCAAGCUGGACUAUGGCCAGCACGUCGUCUCUGGCACACCCGGACGAGUAGCAGACAUGAUUCGACGACGAAACCUGCGCACGCGACACAUCAAGAUGCUGGUCCUGGACGAAGCAGAUGAGCUCCUCAACCGAGGAUUCAGAGAGCAGAUCUACGACGUCUACCGAUACCUGCCACCAGCCACCCAGGUCGUUGUCGUGUCCGCCACACUCCCUUACGAUGUCCUCGAUAUGACCACCAAAUUCAUGACCGAUCCAGUCCGCAUUCUCGUAAAGCGUGACGAACUGACACUCGAAGGCCUAAAGCAAUACUUCAUUGCAGUCGAAAAGGAGGAGUGGAAGUUCGAUACCCUCUGCGAUCUCUACGACACACUCACCAUUACACAAGCCGUCAUCUUCUGCAACACGCGCCGCAAGGUCGAUUGGCUUACCGACAAGAUGCGCGAUGCCAACUUCACCGUGUCGAGCAUGCACGGAGAGAUGCCGCAGAAGGAGAGAGACAGCAUCAUGGGCGAGUUCAGGCAGGGCAACAGCAGAGUACUGAUCAGCACUGACGUCUGGGCACGCGGCAUUGACGUUCAGCAAGUCAGCUUGGUCAUCAACUACGACUUGCCGUCGAACAGAGAGAACUACAUCCACCGCAUUGGUCGAUCUGGAAGAUUCGGACGCAAGGGUGUGGCCAUCAACUUCGUUACUAGCGAGGAUGUCCGGAUUCUGCGUGACAUUGAGUUGUACUACUCCACCCAGAUCGACGAGAUGCCGAUGAAUGUGGCAGAUCUUCUGUCUUAG